GACCUGACUUGCUGGCCGGACGAAAGCAAUACUCUUGUCGUCCGGCUCAGUACGACUCAAUAAAGGUAUUUGAAAAUACUAUCAAAGUGUUUUUACUAUGAUAUUGAAACUAAGGCCGAGCAUAGGCCAUAGCCUUUCAAAUGGAGGUCCCCAACAGACAGGAGUCUGUCCUCGUGUGCACCUGCAGGUUUUUGGUGGGACCUACUGCAGGGUCGGGGACAGCUCCGCGAGCAUCGAGGUCGAAAGGAUUCAGUCCAGUGCUAAUAAGACUACCGCUACUACCAUUACAUCUACUGUAUUCUUCUGCUCACCUCCCUCCCCAAGCUACUAUUCUAUCUAAUUCCAUCUAUAUCUUGUCAGCCGAUUUACUUUGGAUUGCAUUCACUAUGGCCGGUCAAUUUGAAAGGGAAAAUGCCCACCUUGCAGUCGUUGGAACCAACUACAAUCGGAAGAACUGGAUUGAGUUUUACAUCAGUGAUAAUUAUUAUUUUGUUCCAAUGUUAAAGUCCUUUAGUGAUUCAGUUUUUUCCCAAAAAGCCAGAGAGCUAUUUAAAAAAGAGCCAAAAAGGGCCAAGAGAGCCACGUUAUUUUGAGCCAUAUAAUUGCGAGGAAAAUACCGCAAAUAUUUUGAAAAAUUGAGCGAGGGACAAGUUCGGUCAGCGAAACAAGUUUUCGUUUGAAUGUUAUUUGACAUUUAGGGUUAUUUUGUUUCUUUUUAUUGUAUUUUGGCCCGAUGAGAUAUUAGCUUGGCAUAGUUUUUUUUUUCGCUUUGAUUGUUUAUUUCUCUUUUGGAAUUGGCCUUGACUCGAGCAUAAUUCUAUCUCUGCUCCGUGGACGGAAUUUACAUCAGAUACGCCAAUGCAGAUAACGGAGGUUCAACUGUGAGAUGGUACGGAAAUCAAGAAACAACACCUAUCGAAGGAGCAAGUUCUAUGAAAAUAGCAUUCCAAGAUUUGAAAACAGUAUUGAAGCACACAUCGGAAUUAAAAAUUUCUAACGAGUGCAAUGAACACGAGAACACGAGAACACGAACGAGAACGAGACGAGAGAGAGACGAGAGAGAAUCAUUUAUUGAAAUUUUGAAAUCAGUUAAAUGUAUUCACGUGAAGACAAUAAAACUUGACAAUUUCUCAUUCAAUAAUGCCAUCACUAUUCUCCAGUAUUGUAACACCAAAGUUCUGGAGAACAUUGAAUUUUGGAUAACCCAUAUAAACAAUCAGUUUGAAAAUAUUGCUCAUCUGGAUCAAUGGAAAUGUGCGAAAAAAUGCAGUCUGCUUGGUGAUAAGCUUGAAAGUAGACUAAUUGAUCAUCUGUUCCACUUUCAAUGGUUCCAGAUCCAACUGGACGACUUUCCAACAUAUAUUGCAAUCAAAAUUAGAGAUGAUCUAAUGAGAAGAAGUACAUUUCAAGGUUGCCGUAUAAAUUGUGACAAAUCAAAGUCAAAUCCAAUUGAAAUUGCAAAAGUGUUCAAACCUGACUAUGCUGGCGGCAAUGAGUUUCUAAUUGAAUAUUCAAUCGAUAAUGCAAACUUUGUAAUUAAAUGCAAUUUUUUAACCCGUUUUAUUUUUUGGUUUCUCGUGCAAAAGUUAUGAAAAGCUUUUAUGUUUUAUUUUUGAAGCCAUUCGAUUUUUUGUCAAAAAUAUAUUAAUAAACAAACGAAAUAUUU